AUGAAAGAGGUCAAAUUAAAGAUAAAUGUCAGCAAAAUAGUGCAGUCAUGCAAGUUAAUCAACACUGAAGAGUCAGAUGUGCGCAUCAAAUCUAAUGAACCAGUAGAGUACCUGGCUAUACUAAAAAGCAUCAUCAGCGAGAGCCUGGAAAUAGAAAGUAGCACCUGCAGCAAAAAAGAAAAAGAAGACGUUUUGAAUACAAUUAAAAAUAACAUAUAUCGAUACUUUGCAUACAAUGAUUACAGAAGGCCUGACGUCAUGCACAAUUUGCACUUUGCACUAAGCAUCAGAGAUACUGCCACAAUCGAAUACGAGACUAUCCGGCUGCUGAAUGAGCUCAUAAUGCCAAACCCGUUCAUAUACAACCCAAACCACGGAAUUCGCAGAAAAAAUGCCAAUAAAGAAAGGCCAGAGAAUAUAACUCUAUUUUCCAAAAUCCCUGACUCGCUGUGCACUAGAGCAUAUACACUAGAGAUCGACGAUAGAAACUCGUCGAGUUUAGAAAGCAUGCUCCACUUUGCCUCGGAGAGCCUGGACAGAGAGAACUUCCGCGACAUUUCCAACUCCUUGAAUCUGAGAAACAUAAAGUUUUUAAAAGAGUACUCAUCCAUAGAAGAGCUCUACUCCCUGGACAAGCUCUACGCCACUCCAUACAAAGAUACCUGUGUGCCAUUGGUGGACUACGGACUGAAGCUUAUCCACACAAACUACAACGAAAUUCUCGAUUUGAUGAAAAUGAUUAGAGAAAUAAAAUACUCUGAUGCUAAUAAUAACAGCCCAGAGGAUAUAGUUAAAAAAAUCAGCUCUUUAUUCGCCAGCGAAGAAGACUUGAAAAUAGUCAUUUCUGUCGGCAAUAAUCUAGAAAAAAUUAACUACGAGAAAAUAAUGCAAACACACAUAAUUAGAGUGCUGGAAUACAUGGCAAGCAGCACCGACCUUUUGAAGGAAAAAGAGGGAUCAAACACACUGAAGAUAAACCCUAGCUUAGAUGAGUUUUAUGAGAACUACAUAAGAAAUACAGGCUUUAAAGAACUAGUCUGCAGAAAAAAAGAUAAACUAAAUGAAGAGGUGGAAAGAGUGACUGAUUUUUUCAUUGCAGAAAACAUAAGAUGCAGCAAGGCAAAGGCAAAACUGCAAGCUACAAACAUAAAUGAUCUAGAAUCACACGAGGAUAGUGUAAAUGCGAUCUUUUCUGUUGGCCAUCUGGAAAAUAAAAUGCAUUUGUUAAACUGGGAGCUAAAAAAAGAAGUUCUGGUGUAUCACAGCAUCCAAGAGCUUUGGGCCAUGUUGAAAGCAUUUGAUAACAUAGCCCCAGCCCAGCAAGAAUAUAUAGUCAAAAAGAUAGAAGAAUUUGAAAGAAUGCAGAACACGAGGCUAGUAGAAGAAAGAAAGCUUUUCUCAACAAGGCCUGCCCAGGAGAAGAUAGCUAAAACACUCACACUGGCUGUUAUUUGCAUGGCAAUAUGCGCCUUGCUUAUUGCCUAUUCGAGGAAUGAAGUGAAAAUUGUCGGUUGA